AUGUCCGCAGACCCUCCCCCUGGGGAUGCGCUGGACCUCCCUCCACCAGCACUACGCGAUAUCCUCCGCGUAUGUCUCACCGCCAAAGAAUACCGCUUCCUGCACGCAACAGCGAAGCGAAUCCCCUCCCUCCAAAACAAGCUCACUGAGCCAUCGCGAUACGAUGCGAUCGCUCGUCCCAGAAACAGACACAGCGAAUCUGCUGUUCGCGCAUCGCUGCGUGUAUUCGUUGGUUCUGGAAUCGCGUUGAAGCUGGGUGGGCUGCUUAUCGGUCGUUUCACUGGCGCUCCACAGAAGAAGGACCGCACUCCGCUUCUUCGCUCGCCAAAGUUCCGUCUUUCCAUCUCCCUGUCCCUCCUCCUACUCCUCCAUCGCCUCCUAUACCGUUUUCUUGUUCGACUGCGCGCCAACCUCCGCACGGACGAUGCGCAGCCCUUCAGAGAGCGGAACCCGCGUAUUUCGCGUGCCUUGACCUCGCGUUAUGCGCCGGCUAUCGGCGCCAGUGUUGCGGGCUUCGCCUUGGGGAUCUGUCCGCAGGACCAGUUGCGUCUGUCAGCGGCUAUCUACUCUAGUACUCGCUGCUUGGAGUUCUUGUUUAAUGCUUUGGAUUCCAAGGGCUGGUUGGAUAAGCGCCCGUGGUGGUUUGGUAGUUGGUUAUUGAUGCCUGUGUCGUUUGCGCAGCUCUUCCAUGCAUUCAUCUUUGAUCGGGAGACUACACCCAAGUGGUUCGGAAAUGUUAUUAUUAGGCUCUCACCGAGCUACAUUCAGACUCGACCUGAUGCGCUCCCGAGUGACAUCGCAUGGCCUGAGAAGGAGGAGAUUGUGAACUCCCUCGCAUCUAUUGCAGAUCUCCGCUGGCCGGCAUUCGUUUCUCCAAUUCUACACCCUGGCGACCCCAACACCUUGCCUUCAUCAGUGUCGUCCAUUUCUCCCAUCACUGGUCCAGCACAUCCUGCAAUUUCGAAUCUAUCAUGCGCCCUUUUACACCCGAACCUCCCGAACUGUGGCACAGCGUUCCUGCAUCACAUCCUUCUUUCUGUGCCGCUGCUUGCCCGGUUCCUAACGACUAUUACUCUAGCCCUCUCAAUCCCCAAGCUCAAGACCAUUCUGUCUCAGCCCAUGACUUCACUCAACAGCAUGUCGAAGCGCAUCAUUAAGAUGACCGCUAUCGUCUCUGUCGCCAUUGGAUCAGCCUGGGGCAGUGUCUGUCUCUUGAACAGUAAGCUCCCUCGCUCUACACUCCCUACCAAGCGCUUCUUCCUCAGCGGAGCGCUUGGCGGUCUGCCAUUCCUGUUCCUGGGCAACAGCCGCAGCACCUUCCUCUAUUUCUUCCGCGCCGCUGUUGAUUCUGCGUACAAGACGGGCGUCAAGCGCGGACUGUGGAAGGGUCGAAGAGGCGGUGAGCUGUUGCUCUUUGUCCUAUCUUGGGCGAUGAUGGGCUCCAUCCUCGAGGCCAACCCCGAAGCCGUGCAAGGUGGCGGUGUGCGCAAGGGUCUUUCCUGGAUGAGAGGCGAUGGAUACACCGACCCCGUUGAGGUGAUAGCGAAACGUAAGGCACGUCGGGACUCGAAGAAAGAGUAA